GUACUCUAACACUCCCUAUGUCCACCUGCUCCCAGAAACAUUCCUUCCCAGAAGGGAUUCUGAUUCCUACCUGUUGGAGAAGGUGGGCAGUUCCCCGAGAGAGGAAGCACAGAAAUCGUAAAUGAGAGCUGUCUUCAUUCAAGGUGCUCAAGAACACCCUGCGGCAUUCUGCUACCAGGUGAAUGGGUCUUGCCCCAGGACAGCACAUCCUCUGGGCAUCCAGUUGGUCAUCUACCUGGCCUGUGCAGCAGGCAUGCUGAUUACCGUGCUAGGGAAUUUAUUUGUGGCACUUGCUGUGUCCUACUUCAAAGCACUUCACACACCCACCAACCUCUUGCUGCUCUCCCUGGCCCUGGCUGACAUGUUACUGGGUCUGCUGGUGCUGCCCCUCAGCACCAUUCGCUCAGUGGAGAGCUGCUGGUUCUUUGGGGACUUCCUCUGCCGCCUGCACACCUACCUGGACACCCUCUUCUGCCUCACCUCCAUCUUCCAUCUCUGUUUCAUUUCCAUUGACCGCCACUGUGCCAUCUGUGACCCCCUGCUCUAUCCCUCCAAGUUCACCGUGAGGAUGGCCCUCAGGUACAUCCUGGCAGGGUGGGGGGUGCCAGCUGCAUACACUUCCUUCCUCCUCUACACAGAUGUGGUAGAGACAAGGCUCCGCCAGUGGCUGGAAGAGAUGCCUUGCGUGGGCAGUUGCCAACUGCUUCUCAAUAAAUUUUGGGGCUGGUUAAACUUCCCUUUGUUCUUUGUCCCCUGCCUUAUUAUGAUCAGCUUGUAUGUGAAGAUCUUUGUGGUUGCUACCAGGCAGGCUCAGCAGAUUACCACAUUGAGCAAAAGCCUGGCUGGGGCUGCCAAGCAUGAGAGAAAAGCUGCCAAGACCCUGGGCAUUGCUGUAGGCAUAUAUCUCUUGUGCUGGCUGCCCUUCACCAUAGACACGAUGGUAGACAGCCUCCUUCACUUUAUCACACCACCACUGGUCUUUGACAUCUUUAUCUGGUUUGCUUACUUCAACUCAGCCUGCAACCCCAUCAUCUAUGUGUUUUCCUACCAGUGGUUUAGAAAGGCACUGAAUCUCAUGCUGAGUCGGAAGAUUUUCUCAUCGCAUACACGCAUUGCUGAUUUGUAUCAAGAAUGAUUCCUUCUACCAAAUGAAGGCAAGGAGUAGGACCUCAUAGGAAGGAUGAGUGGGCUGUGUG